GUUUUUCAGAUUGUCACAAACUCCUCCUCCCUCUGUUCGACUUGUUUUCGAUUCCACUCCAAACAUGUCAAAGGAUCAUCAUCAUCAAGCAAUCGCAAUCAACGAUGCGGUUCACAAGAUCCAACUCUCUCUCCUCAACGGCAUCACUUCUCAAACACAACUCUCCUCGGCAAGAGCCUUAAUGUCUCAAUCAGACUACGAAGACGUCGUCACGGAACGAAACAUAGCCAAGCUCUGCGGCUACCCUCUCUGCAGAAACUCCUUACCUUCAGAUGUUUCGAGGAGAGGGAAGUAUCGUGUUUCUUUGAAGGAGCAUAGGGUUUACGAUGUUGAGGAGAGUAGGAAGUUCUGUUCCGCGGGUUGUCUUGUUAUUAGCAGAGGGUUUGGGAAGAGUUUGGAGGAGGUUCGUUCCUCGGAGUUUGAUUUGGGGAAGCUUAGUGAGAUUCUUGGUUUGUUUGGUGGUGGUGGUGGGGGAGAGUCUCUGGAUGUGAAAGAGGGUUUGGGGUUGGGUGAGCUUAGUAUUUGUGAGAAGAGUGAUGUGAGAGGUGGAGAGGUUUCUUUGGAGGAGUGGAUGGGUCCUUCUAGUGCUGUUGAAGGUUAUGUUCCUUUGGAUCGAAGUAAUGGUAAAAAGGAUUCCAAGGCUAAGAAUAAACAAAAGAAGCAGGAGGAUGCGUCUUUUAACGAGAUGGGUUUUACUAGCACUGUUAUUAUUCCUGAUGAGUGUAGUGUAAGCAAUUGCAAAACCAAACAGGAUUCGAAGGUUACUAAGAAUAAUCAAAAGAAGCAGGAGAAUCCGCCUGUUAAUGAGAUGGAAUUCACUAGCACAGUUAUUAUUCCUGAGGAGUGUAGAGUUUCAAAGGUUCAACCACAGACUAAAAAACCUUCUCCUGUAGUGAAACCUGAGGAUGGCCAAGGGAAAGCACCAAACAAAUCGAGGUUUCGUCGUGAAAAAGAAAAGGAAAAGAUCGAUUUUGCGAGCUUUGGGUUUGAUGCAAUGGGUUGUGCAAGCUCUGUCACUGCUAGUGAUGGAUACAGCGUUGAAUACAGCGUGUCUAAACAGCCACCAUGUUCAACAGAAGACUCUCUUGGUGGCCAAUUAAAAGAUGGUGUCAAGACUUUGGAUGAGAAAUGUUCCUCUUCUGCCUCUAAAGAGAAGGGGUUUAAGCGUCCACCACGACGCAAACAAGCUUCUCAUGUAGGGGAAUCAUCAAGCAAAGGGAAAACAGUUAUAACAGCCAUUGAGAAGGACAUUAAAAAUUCUCUUGUUGAUGAGAUGGGUGUCAUGAGCGAUGGAUACAAUGUGGAAUAUAGUGUGUCUAAGCAGCCACCAUGUUCAGUUGAAGAUCCUCUAAGUUCUCAGACGUUAGACAAGAAAGAUGCUCUACUAGGAUCAUCCUCUGGUUCUAACACAAAAGUGUGUUCAUCAAGUGAAACCGUCACUAAAUCAUGCCUUAAAGUUUCUGGCUCUAAGAAGCUUGCUCAUUCAGUUACUUGGGCUGAUCAAAGUGACGUCCGUGGUGUUCUUUGUGAGGUUAGAAGCGAUGAUACCGAGUCAGGUCUUAACCUGUCUUCUACUGAUACAGAAGAUGUCAACAGUGCAUCACGCCUUGCAUUAGCAGAAGCAUGCGCUAAGGCAUUGAGCCAGGCUGCUGAAGCUGUUUCUUCAGGAGAUUUAGAUGAGGUUAGAAGUGAUGAUACCGAGACAGGUCUUACUUCUACUGAUACAGAGGAUGUCAACAGUGCAUCACGCCUUGCAUUAGCAGAAGCAUGCGCUAAGGCAUUGAGCCAAGCUGCUGAAGCUGUUUCUUCAGGAGAUUUAGAUGCAAGUGAUGCCGCUGCAAAAGCUGGAAUAGUUUUGUUGCCAAGUACACAUCAACUUGAUGAAGAAGUCUCUGAGGAGGAAGUGACUGAAGAUAGUGAAGAGGAGGAGGAAGCAACUCUUCUGAAGUGGCCAAAUAAGCCUGGGAUGCCAGAUUCUGAUUUGUUUGACCGUGAUCAAUCUUGGUUUGACGAAACUCCAGAGGGAUUCAAUCUAACUCUAUCAACUUUUGCUAUGAUGUGGGAUGCACUGUUUGGAUGGGUAUCAUCAUCUUCUCUGGCUUACAUCUAUGGGAAGGAUGAGUCUGCUCAUGAGGAGUUCUUGUCAGUUAACGGUAAGGAGUACCCUAGGAGGAUUUUCCUGGGAGAUGGAUCUUCAUCAGAGAUCAAGGAGACAAUUGCUGGAUGUCUUGCAAGAGCUGUAUCUAGAGUUGCCACUAUUCUCAAGCUGCCAAUAUCUAUAUCCGAGCUGGAAAAAGGAUUGGUAACUCUCCAAACUUAUUUGGAAAUUGUCUAGCAAAAAUCAAUCUAUCUUUGUCAAAUAUAGAAAGUACUCCUAAAAUGAAAAGGGACCGAUUUUUAUAAAUCGGUCUAGACGCCCGCCUAAUCAAUAAUCUCAUAUAAAGUUCCUAAUUG